GAACAUUUCUGACACAUCACACAGUGAGCUGUGUUGAGUGUUCCUGUCCGAACUGAAGAUGGAUGACGCAUUAAACCAGAGCGAGGCAUUAAACGCAAGUGGCGAUGACAAAUUUCACUUUGAUGACAUCGGCGUGGGCGCGGACGCGGACGGGAGCGCCUUCUUGAGGAUCCUCAUCUCCGUGGUCUACUCCGUGGUCUGUGCGGUGGGUUUGGUGGGGAACCUCCUCGUCUUCUUCCUCAUGAGGCUGCGACAAGGUCGAAAGAAGUCUGCCAUAAACUUUUUCAUCAUCAACCUGGCUGUGACCGACUUCCAGUCGGUGCUGACGCUGCCCUUCUGGGCCGUGGACACGGCCCUGGACUUCAGCUGGCCCUUCGGGGACGCCAUGUGCAAGGUGGUGCUCGCCGUCACGGUGAUGAACAUGUACGCCAGCGUCUUCUUCCUCACGGCCAUGAGCGUCACCAGGUACCUAUCCGUCACUUCGGCGCUCAAGAAGUCCUCGCACAGAUGGUCGAGGCGCGUCAAGUGGGUGUGCGCGGUGCUGUGGGUGGCGGCUACGCUCGCUACGGCUCCCACAGCGAUCUUCUCCGCAGUGAUCGUGGUGGCGGGAGAAAAACUCUGCCUCCUUAAAUUCCCAGAAGGAUACGACUGGCUCGCCCUUUACCACAUCCAAAAAAUAUUGCUUGCUUUUAUUAUCCCGCUCCUGAUUGUCUCCGUCAACUACCUGAUGCUUUUGCGCUUCAUUAAACGCAAGAGCAUGUGCACCAGCAACCCAAAGAGGAGAUCGAGGGUCACUAAAUCUGUCGCAAUAGUCGUUUUAUCCUUUUUCUGCUGUUGGAUGCCCAACCAAGCUAUCACCUUCUGGGGCGUUUUGGUUAAAUUUAACGCAGUCAACUGGGAUAAAUCCUACUACAUGGCGCACACCUACGUGUUCCCACUCUCUGUGUGCUUGGCGCACGCAAACAGCUGUUUGAAUCCCAUACUGUACUGUCUCAUGAGGCCAGAGAUCAGGAAGAUGCUUCAUGCUUUAUUCUGGAGAGUUCCCAGUCCGUCCGCCAACACCAACAGCAAGUGCUGCAAGACGCGCUCUUUUACGCACGGAGACGUCCAAGCAGCGCGGACUGCUGACAAUGCAGGGUUCACCCUGUCUGUCAUUGAUGAUAAAGGACUUACUAGCUCCAAAAUGGCCACGUGAAUCCGUUAAAUUAUUAUUUGUAGUAUUGAUGUAUUUCAUUUUGCAUGUGUGCAUGUGAUCAUCGUGCGUAAUGUGAAUGAACUGCAAGACACAUGCGAAUUAUUCAUUAAUUAGAGAUUCGUGCAAUGUUCACACGCAUUUGUAGGAAUCCAGGGCAUUGCAUACUGGACUUUGCAAUUUGCAAAUGAACAACAAUGAGCAACUUGCUUAGAUUGUUCACAUAAUUUGAAAAAAAGGCACUUACAAGCAAAAACAUGUCCACAAAUAUAUUAUACAUUGUAAAUAUACAAUCAAAAAGGCAAUCGAAAGCAAAAACAUAACCUCUACAGGUAUUAUAUUGAUGUACAUUGUAAAUAUACAAUUAAAAAAUGGACUUGGAAGAAAAAAAAUGUACACAAGUAUUAUUAUAUUUAUGUACAUUGUCAAUAUAAAAUUUAAAAAAGGCACUUGGAAGCAAAAACAUGUCCACAAGUAUUAUUAUACAUUGUAAAUAUACAGUUAAAAAAGCCCAAAAAUAAUCUCUACAGUUAUUAUAUUGAUGUACAUUGU